GACGAGAAAAUGCGGGGAAAUUGCAGUAAUUGCACAAACAACUGUUAUGGAAGAGAUGAAACCAUGAUGGUAUGACGUUACUGUGAUGGAUGCCGCUUUUAUGGUACAUUUAUCUCCAUGACGGUGGUUUCUUGUGAUUUCGGAAAAUUUGCGCCCCAAGUUGGAAGGAACCAUUAUCCAAAUGGUUGAAAUACCAUCAGAGGGUAGUUUUUCUUUUUUUUUUAACUAUUAUGGCAAAAAUCAGGUGUUGGGUUAUUUUCUGGUAAAUCGUAGAAAUAGAGCUAGAGCUUGUAAACUUUUUCAAAAUCAAUAAAAUGUGAUUACACCACGCCGAACUGAGCAUGUGCAAGCUUCAACCCCAAACUUGCUACACCCCUAAAUAGGGUUGAUCAAUGGAUUCAAUGAUCAAUAUAAGAAUUAAUUCAGUGCACACAAAAUGAACCACUUUCAGCUAACCGCUCUGUAAAUACCCAAUUUCCAUUAUUAUGGGAAGUGUAAAGUCAAUUUAUAAUGUGAUAAAAUGUGAUGGUUUGGUCCCGGAUGGUUAACAGUGUUUUAAAACCCACCUCUGACUAACCAUGCAAACAUUACGCAAAAAAACAAGUCCCCUGAAAUCGUAUUUCCUCUCAGAUAAGAACGAGACCACCCGAUUCCUGGGCGAUGGUGUGAGUUUUAAGGCCAAACUGAUCGGGAUUUUGGAAGUGUCCGAAGCCAGAGGGGACCGCAUGUGCCAGGAGGCCCUGUCUGACCUGAAAAUGGCCAUCAGAGCGGCAGGGGAGCACAAGCAGCGCAUCACAAUCAACAUUGCAAUUGACGGCUUGCGACUAAGGGACGAAAAAACAGGGGACUCCCUCUACCACCACCCGGUCCACAAAAUCUCCUUCAUCGCUCAGGACAUGACCGACUCAAGGGCCUUUGGCUACAUUUUCGGCUCCCCGGACACCGGCCACCGGUUUUUCGGCAUCAAAACGGACAAAGCCGCCAGCCAAGUGGUUAUAGCCAUGAGGGACUUGUUCCAAGUGGUUUUCGCCCUCAAGAAGAAGGAAAUUGAGUUGGCCAAGCAACAUUUGGACAAGAGUCGGUUCACAAGCUCGCCCCUCUUCUCAGAUUCUGUCUCAGCAUCAAAGCCUGUGAGCCAGGAAAUCGCCAAAAGCGCGGCCAAUGACAGUAAGGCGUCGAAUUCCGAGGGUAAAACGAGCGGGACAGCGGUGGCCGACUUGGUGGACUUGGAGUUGGAGCUGAACAGCCUUCAGCAGGGCCUCAACCAGAUGGAAAGGAUCACUCCGUCUGAUCCGUUCGGCUCGAAGGAUGACCCGUUUGGUGAUAGUUUUACGAGUUAUACUAAGCCGAUUUUGCCACCGCCUCCGUCUUCUGGAAGGGAGAGGUCGAGUCGAAGUUCGGAUUCCAGCAGUGUUUUUAGUCCGCGGACACCGCACACUGCAACCAGUUUGGACGCAAGUUGUGAUAAUAGUUUAAUUAAGUCGAGAGAUGAAAAAAUUAAAAAAGACGCUUUUCCGCAUCAUGACGAUGAUUGGUUCACUCAGUCCACGAAAAGCAUAUUCAAAGAACCUCCCCUAGUGCCUGAACCCACCAAAGAUGAAAAACACGAAAUGACCAAGCAGGAGAUUUUGUCACAAUUUGAUGUUUUCACAGAGUUAGAUCCACUUGGUACUGGUAGAAGUAAGCCAUAUAUUGAUAAGAAACAUUUCUUUCAAGAACUAAAAAACCCGCCAAAAAAAGCUCUCAAUGAUUUGGUGUCCCAAUCCCAGCAGCAAGAGCCGACUUUAUUCCCGAAAAAGCCGCAAAAAAUAUCCAACGAUUUCGCGCCGGACCCCUUCGGCGAAGACCCCUUCGUAACGGAGGACCCCUUCGCCGAAGCGGACCCCUUCGAAACGGAAUUCUCCAGCUUCAAAUCCAAACCACUCAACGACUUCGACACCUUACCAGUGUUCCAACCAGCAACCCUCUCAAAAUCGCCCAAAGGACCAAUCGACCACCAAUCGAACCACGACAAAUUCACAAGACUGCACGAAACCGCCAGCUUGGACAUGUCCUCGGGCUCGGAGUGCGCCCCCGAGCCCCCGCCGCGCCCCGAAGCCACCCUCAUGCAAAUCAAGCCGCCGCCCCUGCCCCCCAAAAAACAAAACGACUUUUCGGUGAAACCCCCGCCCAGGCCGCCCCACGCUGACUACGAUUACAUGGACGAGUACGAAACGGCCCCAAACAGUCUCGAGUUUAUCAAAACUUUGGAUAAAAGCCCCCCCAUUCCGGUGCCAGUUCGCAAAACUAAGUUUGAACCAACUUUCGGGAUAGUUCCAGAACGGCCGAAAAAAACCUUCAGUGUGCAAUCAAGCGAAGAGGAUUAUUUAACACCGGUGGCGCCCGAGCCAAAACGGACGUCCCCGAUUUUGUUACCGCCGCCUCAAAGAUCGCUCAAGAAGCAGAAUAUGCAAGUGACUGUGGCUUCGUAUUUGGAGACGAAGCCGAAUUUAAUUACAAGUACGGCCGAAGGCUUGGACAUAACUUUGAGUCAAUUGACGUUAAGCGGCUUGAAUGAGUUGGCCACCAAGCUGAAUAUUCCGACAAAUCAGUUGAGUAAUAUGACUCUAGUCCAAUUGACUAAUUAUUUGUCGAACUUUAUCAAAUCGAAAAACCAGGCAAGUGCUGUUGAAACGAACAGUAAUACCACGGAGGUGUCGACUUUUAACGCCGAUUUUGCGGCCAAUUUCAACAACUUGAACAGUAACACAAAUGAGUCGUACGAUCGUUAUGCCGUUUUCCGCGAACUGAUGAACGAAGAGAUCAAGCAAACGAAAAUCGAUACAGAACCGGAGGAGCUCAAGGAAAAGAAAGCCACGUCAGUUGAUACUAAUGUCAAUACAAUUUACAACAAAACUGUUGACAAUGAUGCUAAAGAUAAAUACGCGGCGUUGCGCGAAAUCGUCGAAAGUGAGUUGAAGUUGAGCGAAACGAAGAACGAGAACGAGCAGAAUUUACUGAAUGAAGAAGUGUCAAAGGAUGAGACUGUUAAUAAUGACGAUAAGUUUAGUGAGGAAGGAAAAGUUUCGCCCAAAUUUAAUCUAAUUGAGUAUAGUACUGUUGAUAAGGAGGAAAAAGUGUUAAAGUCGCCAAAAUCGCCGGUUAAUAAAGCUAAAAGUCCGGUCCCUGUGGCCAUUACCGAAAUAAUGCAAAGUAAUGCGAGGCUGAAUUCCGGGUCAUUGUCGGAUGUUGUCAGUGGGAGUUCGCCCGAGGUUGAUAACACGGGGAGCAAUUCAGAAAUGGGCAAAAAGCCAGAGGAUGCCGCAGGUGAGAGUUGGGCCAUUUUCGACCAGGGAAAUGUUCCGCCUGAGUCGGUGAAGGAAAAGCAAGCAGUUCAGAGUGAAGAAGGCGUCUCGCCUUGGUCAAGUGAUUCGAAGGAAUUUGGUAAUAAUUCUCCCCCAGAUUGGCGCCGUGGUGAUUCGGAAAGUGGCGGUGAUCGUUGGACGAAACGAAGAGGUAGACGGGACCAAGAAGGCUGGUGGGACACUUCCGCAGAACCAGAAGUGCAAUAUUAUCCCUCUAAUCGCCGGUCUACCGAUAGUUACGAGGAUGAGUAUUACGAAUGUUACGAGAAACCGAGACGUCGGAAACAGACGGUUUACGUUCAUGGUGGAAGUCAAGGCGCUGGUGGACAUUCCUCAAGUUCCCGAGAUGUGAGUCCUUGGGAGGAAGAACCCAGACGACGGGAUCAGAGAGCAGGAUGGGUAAAACAUGCGAGACAACAUUCGUUUGAAAAACACAGGGAUCGGAGACAUACCGAUAGUUGGGAUGAUGAAGAUGAUUACGAAUACGAAGACGAACAUGUGCCGCGAUUCCAUCGCCAAAAAUGGGAGAUUGAGAGAGAACGGUAUAACGCACCACCAAAUCGGGAACAUGACUUAGACAAGUGGGAAAGUCAAUGGAGCGAAGAUAGGAGACAUAGGCGGAGACGUGAAGGAGAGAGGGAUCGGUGGUGUUGUCCAGACUGGGAUGUGGGGGAGCAUGAAAAACCUGUAAACAGAUACGGUAGUAAUCGCUGGACGAAUAUGGACGGUCCUCCCGGAAUGUGGCGAGAACGCAAACACGACGAGCGUUAUUACAGUCGCGAAUCACAAGAAUCUCCCUGGGAAGACGAAUAUUCGAACGAAGCCGAAGAAGUUUCAUCCUCUCAUUAUUUAACAGCGAGGAGAAACUGGAAGAGGCCGAGCAGUGCGUCGGAAAUGGACCGAAAAACAGGCGAGAUCAAGUCGCGGCAUUAUUUUGGAGCAGGAGGAAGUGACGGGGAGAGGGACCGCCGGUACAAACCCGGCCGCCGCUCCCGCAGCCGAGACUCGCAAUAUUCGGAGUCUUCCCACCGUCACAAGCCAGAAGGGGGCCCCACACUACGCGGCUCGCACCGAAGUAAGCAGUACGCGAAACAAUUCGAAGCCGAUUUCGCUGAAAUGCCGCCAAAAAAACAAGUUGAUAGUACCAAAUCCGACCACAGCAGCAAUAAGAAAAGCGCCACUUUAGCGAGCAGAAAGAAAAAGGAAAGCCCGAAAGCCGAAGUGAACAUUGUUAGCACAUUCCCUCGGAAAUCAACAUCGCGUGCGAAAUCGUUGUUUGAGAACGAUUUCGUGCCGUCUGAAGACAGUCCAGUGAGUGGGCGUGCGGAUGCGAAAUUUAGCUUUGAAAACGAUUUCGAAACGUCUGAAGCCGAAUCUCCGACUGUUGUCAAUAAACCGCUGAAAGGGUUGCGACAGCAGAGCAUGUUUGAGAAAACAGAUAACGAGUUCAGUAAAGAGAGUUUUCGGCAAAGGUCACUUAAAGAGUUGAAAUUGUCGCCUCGGACGCACCCCAAGCAGAAAUCUUUAUUUGAAGAUGAUUUUUCCCCAAGUGGGAAACCCGACCCGUUACCUGAAGACAGUGGCAUAUCAAGCAUCAAGGAGGAGGCGGAUCCCAACGAUAAAGAAAGCUCAUUUAGCACAAACAAUGCAACGAAUUCUCGGAAAAAGAAACUCAAUAAAAAUAGGCUCUCCAAUAACUUUCAGUCUGAUAUUAAUAUAAAAAAGUCUGAAUCUGUAAAUAUUUUCGCGCGGGAAAGCGAUCCAUUCGAUGAUGAUUUUUUUAGCGAAAACGUGGCUAGUCAUGACGGACACCACCAUUCGGAGACUUCUCCGAAAACGACGGAUCUCAAGUGGACUGAUGAUUUUGAAGAUUUUGAUAUUGAAGAAAAAAACUGAGCGAUUUGAUUGUGCACUAACGAGGGCCUCACUCAAAUUGCUUCCUACGUCGUCUAAAUUAAUGUUAUUGUUACAUAAUAUAAUGCUAGAAGAGCUCGUACUAAGUUAGAUGUAUUUAUUUAUACUUAAAUAAGGAUUUUUAACUAUGUGAUUCUAUGAUUCCAUGUCAAUGCGAACUCUUCGCAUGCGUACCGCCAGUGGAAGUUUGAUUUGUAAAUUAAUCCUUUUUUCACUGUAAUUUCUACCUCUGUUUUAAAUAUAUCAACUUUAAUUUAUUGUUA